UCCAGGCAGAGAGGUUCCCAUCGCAACGAAAAGAACGACGGCAGCACAAGACCACCGCACGGCGUUUUGGGGAGCGGAAAACACCAUGAACGGCGUUGUUGAGGCGCUGCACAUAUACGACGAGCACAACGCCCUGGUCCUGUCGCACACCUACACGUCGCGCCCGCUGGCGGCCAACUACCUGCUGCCGCUCUACCUCGAGCACCCCGAGCCGCGCCCGAACCUCAUCUACCUGCCCAACACCAACCCGCCGACGCUCGUCUUCAGCCUCACCCAUGCGAACCUCCUCUUCCUGCUGACCUCCUCGUCCGAGGUCGAGCCGCUGCUCGCCCUCGAGUUCCUGCACCGCGUCGUCGACGCGCUCGAAGAGUUCCUCGGCGCGCCGCUGCUGGCCCACAAGAUCGAGGCCAACUACGAUGUCGUCGCCCAGCUGCUGACCGAGAUGUGCGAUGCCGGCAUCGUCAGCACCACCGAGCCGAAUGCGCUGCGGGACCUUGUCGAGGUCGAGGGCUUCAUGGACAAGCUGUUGGGCAAUCUGAACCUGCCCACGAAAUCCGGAUUCGGCACCAGCUUCGGCACCCCGAGCGCGCCGGCCCUCCUCCCGCCAAACACCCCCGCGCUCCCCUGGCGGCGGGCCAACGUGCGGCACACCUCCAACGAGCUCUACGCCGACGUGAUCGAGACGCUCUCCGUGACGCUGGCGCCCUCGGGCCGGCCGCUCGCGGCCUUCGCCAACGGCACCAUCGCCUUCACCUCCAAGGUGUCGGGCGUGCCCGACAUCCUCCUGACGCUCACCGGGCCCUCGGGCAAGCACAACCUCAAGAGCAUCCUCGACCUGCCCGUCUUCCACCCCUGCGUGCGCCUCGCCCGCUGGCGCGAGCAGCCGGGCCUGCUGAGCUUCAUCCCGCCCGACGGCCGCUUCACCCUGGCCGGCUACGAGGUCGACCUGCUGCCGUUCGCCGACGGCGGCGCCGCCGCGCUGGGCUCCAACCCGCUCAAGCUGCCCGUCACCCUGGAGGUCAAGACCGGCCUGGGGCUUACCGGAUCCGACUUCGAGGUCAGGCUGCAGGUGAACAGGAUAUUCGGCACGUCCGGGAGCACGCAGUCCGCCAGGGGCGGCGGGGGAUUGUCUGGGGGCACCAGGGGGUUCGGCGGACCGCAGGCGGGCACCGCCGCGUCCCCGUCCCUGCAGGACCUGACCGUGACGGUGCCGCUCCCCGCGGAGGUAAGGAAUCUCUCCGAGAUCCGGCCGACGAGAGGCGACGCGACGUACAACCCCGGCGACCGGGCCCUGGAAUGGUCCAUUUCCAACAAGGAGCUGGCGCAGGGGACGGCGUCCUUCGCGCUGCGGUGCACGGUGGUGGGCCAGCUGGCCGGCGAGGAGGAGGAGGAGGAGGAAGAUUCCGAUCCUACGGGAUUUGGGUUUGGCACGGGCGGGAGCAGCGCCGCCUACUCAUAUGACGAGCCCUAUCAGAGCUCUUCAUAUGCUACGAAACAGGCCCGGACGUCGACCGACGCCGGGGGCGGAGGCGGAGAGAGGGAUGAGCGGCGGGCCGCGCAGAACAAGAUCCUCAUGCCCAGCUCGGCUUCCGUCAGCUUCGCCGUCAAGGGGUGGCUGGCCAGCGGCAUCAGGGUGGAGAGCAUCCAUGUCGACCCGAGGAAGAGUCGAGGGCUCGGAGAAAACGUGAAGCCGUACAAGGGGGUCAAGUACCUGACGGUCAGCAAGAAUGGCGUUGAGAUUAGAUGCUGAAUGAAGGCAGACUAUGUACUGUGUAAGCCAGCUCGGUAUCCGUUCUCCGGAUGAUGAGGUGGUAAGCAGGAGCUAGCCGUUCUCCGUCCGUCGAUGGUGCUGACUCUGUCGGCGACUGCUGGCGCAACUCCACGCCUCCGGUCAGCACUAACUAAUCCGAGCGUCGCCCGAGUGCAAUCCUCCGGAGCGACCGGCCGGUAGGUGGACCGCGACGCCGGGG